AACAUGAAGGGCAGAGAAGCUGAGCCAUAAGAAGGCUAUGACAAUGUGAUAGCUGUCAGUGCAGACAAGAAAGAGAAAGUCAGAAUCACAACCAUGAUCUGGGAAAUAACAGAGGUGCAUUACCAACAAAGGAAGGGCUGUCUCUUGGCCACCUAAAUGUAGGGAGUCUCCAAGGUACUGCUCCAUUCACCUUCGUGGGUUCAUGAGUUACCUUUCUAUGGAUAACUUUGAAGUCUCUCCCUCAGGUCUGUCCUCUUGCCUAAAUGUCAAACUUGUAUCCUGGGUGCUUGCUGGCUAUUUGCCUUUGCACCUCCGUAUACCAGAUACACUCUCUCUAUAACCUCUUUGCUAUUGAUAAGUGGAGAUCUUGCCUGUUACCCUUAUACAACCUCAUCAGAUUAUUGUUACUAACCUAUGGUUUUCAUUCCAACAUUCGCAGCAUUUCCCAGGGCUCCUGUCUGCACAUUUUCCAAACCCAGAGCCUUUCAAGGCUCUGAGGAGCCCAAAGAAGGCUCAGUUAUCAUUUCGUGUCAUGGACUUCUUUGGCUAUGUGAUUAAGUUUAUGGGCCCCUUCCCAGCACAAUGCUUUUAAGUGCUUAAGAUAACAUACCCAGGAUUGACAAAGGAAAAGAGUUGCAUUAAAACACCAACGUCAAAUUGUCAACAACGAAAAUUGUUGGAGUGUUCACAUAUGUGUUUUUUAGUUAAUACAUUAAAGUACCAACGUUGCCCUCGUGACCAACAAUUACCACAGUGUAGAAGGGGUGAUAUGCUUAAAAGAUAUUGGCGAUACUGACGGCUGCACCUGCCAGUGAGAAGAAUACAUCGCGGGUCCUGCCGGUCACACUGUUUGCUGCCUGUGUGCCUCAGUGGAGACAAUGCCAGGGUUCAGUUGGUCAAUAGCGCCAAUAAAGACGGAACUGUUGUUCUCUGCCAGUUCCUAGAAGUCCUGAAGCCUGCCAUUGUAGCCGAGGCUAAGAGCCCCGCUCUGGAAUUUGUCCCCGUGCACCAGGAAGUCAGAAAACAAGCUUCGAUGAAGCAGGUGCUCCUCAGAGAGCCUGGAGGAGAGGCCACAUCUACACAAAGUCUCAAAGGGAUGAAUGGCAGGUCAAAUGUGUAAGUGUUUGUUAUUUGAAGGAGUUGUCAAAAGAACGUCGUAGCAAACCAGGAUGCGCUCUUCGUUUAGGAGCUGCAACCCCUUUAGAGGGGUGACUACUGAGGAGAGGAGCGGAGAGCAUUCACAACAACAUAUAAUGUCGAGUGAGUGCUUGCGUGCAGCCUCCAACACUUUCCAUGCAGAAUCUCCUCGAAGCUUCACUGCUCUAGAACUCGGACUUUCUUACGUACUCGCAAAGAACAAGCCGAGCAGACACCGCCCAGGUCAUAGGGAGAGCGUGGCAGCAGGCUGUCUCCAGAGCUUGGCUCGGCGUGUGCGACUGGGGGGAGGACUGGGCUGUGAUGCAGGGACAGUGGCAGCCAGAAGCCGUCCCCAAGGAACCAUACGGUCCGAUCAUAUAUAAACUGGAGACUCCCGGCAGGCAGCACAGGGUUCUCGACACUUGCAUCCAGCGAGGCUCGGUGAGGGACGCAGACAUCCAUCGAUCGAGAAGAGCAGAAGACACUUGGCAAUAAAGACAUGCUUAGCGUCAAAGCUGACCUCAAGCGUCUCGGGGACGACGGCGAGUAUUCGGUGAGCAUUUCCGGCUUGGUCUGGGAGACGUGAGGGGCAAGCGUGAGGCUUGUGUGUGGAAGGUGUCGGAAGCGUCGCCCGGAGUGCCGGCUGCAAGGCUGCGCGGAGCCGGGAGGGUUCCCGGAAGCCCCUCCGGGCCCGACUCCGGCUCAGGGGCCCCGCCCGGUCGGCGCCGCUCGCAGCAAAGGAGACACGAGCGAUGGGCGGGCCCAGAGUGUGGUUACCGCCCCUGCUGUCGGGGUUUUCAAACAGGUCCGGCACUUUGCUAUAAAAGGGCUGCUUGGCGCCGCCGGGAGUGGUGCUUCCGUAGCGUUGCGGUGGUGUGGUGAGGAUGUCUGGCCGCGGCAAAGGCGGGAAGGGGCUGGGCAAGGGGGGCGCCAAGCGCCACCGCAAGGUGCUGCGCGACAACAUCCAGGGCAUCACGAAGCCCGCCAUCCGGCGGCUGGCCCGGCGCGGCGGCGUCAAGCGCAUCUCCGGCCUCAUCUACGAGGAGACCCGCGGGGUGCUCAAGGUGUUCCUGGAGAACGUGAUCCGGGACGCCGUCACCUACACGGAGCACGCCAAGCGCAAGACGGUCACGGCUAUGGACGUGGUGUACGCGCUCAAGCGCCAGGGCCGCACCCUCUACGGCUUCGGGGGCUAAGUGUCACCGUUCACCCUACCGAAAGCAUGCAAUUCUCAUCCAAAGGCCCUUUUCAGGGCCACCUACCGCGUCCUCCAAAAGCGCUGUCCACUUCGUGUUCCCAGUCGCUGUUGAGCCAGGUUAAGUAGUCGCUGCGUUUUGCGGUUUUGAAGUGAAGUUGAUUUGACAACUAACACUGCAUUUCUGGUGCUCUCCGAUAAUGAAAGGAUCCGGAACAGCCUGUGCUAAGUUGUGGGUUUGAACCUAUGUCCCCGUCGUGUUUCAGAGGAAUUCCCCGUCCUGCGUGGCUGGUUUCUUUCUGAGCCCACCAGAACCUUCUAUUGUACUCCCGGUUAGCGUUCUACAGAUUUCUCUUCUCAUCGUGCUGCUUCGUUAUCCCGAGUAGUCUUCGGCUUGCUUACAAGUCCACUUAAAUUUGCGUUGACAGAUGGUUGAAUUCCUGCUAGUGAGGUCAUGUGCUUUUCGACCCCAAACCUUGGUUCAGAUCCCACCUUUGCGUCAGGAAAUGCGUGCUCAACUAGCAGCUCGCAGAUGGGUUACGCAUUGUUCUCAGGGUCUGUAAACCUUGAGUCUCAGACUGUCAACAUUGCCACCGUGUGUUAACAAUGGGUCUGAUUUUGUGAAGAUUCUUGCGGGACCGUUGUGCCGUGUCAACUGGUCUAUUUCCAAUAAAAUUUGUUCCCUGGAAUACAAAGGCA